AUAUAAAAACCCUCAUUUUCUCUCUCCUCCCAUAAUCUAAUCUCAGCCUGAUCAAAAACCCUAGUUUUCUCUCUCCUUUCAUAUCUACAUCCAUGGCUGCCGGAUGAUUUCAUCCAUCACGAUCUGCUCGAGUUUUUAGUUGAAUUGAAGUGAAUCUGAGGGUUGAGGACUAGGGAAAUAUCUAUUUAAUUUUAGUUAAAUGAAGCAUAUUGUGAAGAUCUUGUCUAUACUGGUGGCUGUUGCUGCAUUCUGGAUUGGUCUUCUUCAUACUUCAAUAGUUCCGCGUACCCAGGCUUGGCUGCUGCCCUUAUACUUGAUUAUAUCAUUGGCAUGUUAUGGCCUAUUGAUGGUUGGCAUAGGUUUGAUGCGCUUUCCAACCUGUCCUGAAGAAGCAGUGUUGCUACAACAGGACAUUGCUGAAGCGAAGGGAUUCUUAAGUCAAAAAGGAGUUGACAUAGGUUCUGAAUGAUUAGCUUAUGAUGUUUUGCAAUCAGUGAUGAGUCUGAUGAAAAACGUGAAGCGAUUUUGGUUUACUUUUGAUUAAUUUUAGUUUCAAUUGGCCUAAUUAGCCAUUUUCCACAACUCUUUUCUGAAACGGGCUUUCGUGUUGGAAGUAGUGAUCACACUUUUUUUUGGGUAGUGUUCUGUUACCACUUACCAGUUACCAUAGUAUGUGACUUAAUUGCAGUGUGUACCUUCGGUGUAUAGUAAUUCACUAAUUUGUUAAUCAUACGGCUACUAGCUUUUGGCCGUGUAUAAUGCACAGGAAUUUUGUGUUCAAUAAUUGAACUUAUAUUUUUUUUGGCAA